ACUCCGUGGCAGUCAAUGAUAUCUCACAAAAGCCCCGAUCCACAGAACCCAGUGCAGGAGUGGGGUGAAGAAUCGGAGGACGGUGCCGUUUACGGGAUCACGCUGCACCGCGUCCCCGUCCCCUCCUCGCCCUCCCGCUCCAAUCCAUCGGGCGCGUUCGUCCAGUACCGCACCAACAAAGUGCGGCGUCUGAAGGCCGCUCGUCUGCAAAUGCUCGUCAAUCACCUCCUGGAUGCCGACCGUCUGGAACAGGACUACGGCAGGAUCUUCCUCUCCACGUACAGAACCUUCACCAGCACGGCUAAACUCUUAGAGCUCACCUUCCAAAGAGACAGU